AUGGCGAAUAAGUUUGAAUUAGGUUCUUUAUCUUUAGAAACCAAAAAACCUAACACUACAGCGUGGAUAAAUAAAGCAAAACCUUACUUCCUGGAUCAAAUCGGAGACACUCUUCAAGGUGAUUUUGAUAUGAACAAUUUUAGCAUAACUAAUUUAAAGUCUCCGGAAAACGAUAAUGAUGCCAUUCACAAGAAAUAUUUAAUGGAACCAUUAAAUUUAAUUGAAGUAAAUAAAGACCAUUUAAAAGAAAGAAUAAAUGAUGUGAAAGGAUUCUUCAAACGACAAAUAAAUAAUAAAGAUUUUAUUGAUGAUACUAAACUACAACAAGAGGAUAAGAUUGCAAAACAAAAAUUAGACAUUCAACAAUUGUUAGAUAACAUUCCAGAUGAAAAUGAAGAUACGUUUCAACAGGAAUUAAAUGCUCUGGAAACUAAACUUAACAGUGAAUUACAAAAAGAAUUAACAAAUAUUAAAAAACAAAUACAAAAUAUAGAUAUUGUUAUUCAACAACAAAUACAAAACAUAGAUGAUAGCGAAAUCAAAACCUAUAUUCAUCAACAAAUACAGAACAUUGAUGAUAGUGUUAUUCAACAACAGAUAACCACUAUUAAUAACCUAGUUUUGAAACAGGACAAAAAUAUAGUCGCAUUAGAAAAAAAGUUUCUCAAGAAAGAAUCAUAUAAUUUCAAUCUUCCAUUUGGAAAUUUGAGUGAUGAAGAUGUUUUUAUUACUGAUAAUAGUGAUAAAUCAAGAGAGUAUGAAUAUAAAUUAUAUGGAUUUACAGUAAAUAUUAGAGUAUAUUCUGUUCCAGAUACUGAUAUUUCCCCCCAAAAUAUUUUUAAUUCAGAUGAUGAUCGUUAUCCAUUUUAUUUUAGAUUUCGAGGAAAACUUUUAAUUGAAAUUAAUUUUCCUUUUCAGGUAAAAGUUGAUUCAAUAUUCUUCAGACAAAACUUACAUGCAUUUAAAAAAUUUAACGCUCGCAAAGUUCUCCAGUUUAUCUAUGGUACGAAAAAUGUAGAAACUAAAGAAUUAAAAAUUAACGAUGAAAACACCAAGAGAGAUCACUCAUAUGAAAUUAAAACGAGCGGAAAAUAUAUAGAUAGGUUUAGAAUGUUAAUCAUACCAGAUAAUGAAGAAGAUGAACUUUCAUUGAGUGAUUUUGAUAUGAUAUUGGAAACGGAAACUCCACCAUCAACGAAUAUUAUUAAAAAUCCAGAACCGAAAAAAGUAAGAAACAAUUAUGAGUUUUUACGAGCAACAGACUUCGAAUACAUAAAACUAUAUUUUGUUAAUAAUGAUGCAUUUACCUCAAUCGAUAUUCAUAAAAGUCAACAACAACAAAUUUUUUUAAUAAGAGAUGAUGUAUAUUUUUUUAUAUUAAUCUCUAUUGAAAAACCAAAAUUUUCAGUUCAUCUGAAUAAGAUUAAUGAUUCGAAAGAACAAAUAUCGUUAGUGUCUGUAAAAUUUUUUUUUGAAGAUAGUAAACACGAAGUAGCUUUAUCAGAAGUUCACUUAAUUUAA